UCAAUCCAUAACCAUGGAAGCGGCUAGGGACGCCAAUGCGAUUGAAUGCAUGUGACAAAUGUUGCAUCAAUUAGAUUUUUCGACUUCGCACUGUCACCUGGAUAAUGUGUAGUGCGAAUGAUAAAGAGCGAUGAAGCUCCUAAAGCCAAGCUGGGUGACCCACAAUGGGCACCCAAUUUUUUCGGUCGACAUCCAUCCGGAUGGGUCAAGAUUUGCGACCGGGGGUCAAGGAUCGGAUGCCGGACAGAUCUGCGUGUGGAACAUGGCACCCGUGAUGAAGCAGGAAGACGAACAGAAUGAAGCUGUUCCCAAGUUACUCUGCCAGAUGGACAAUCACCUGGCUUGCGUCAACUGUGUCCGUUGGUCUGGCUCUGGUCGUUUCUUGGCGUCGGGUGGCGAUGACAAGAUUAUCAUGAUUUGGCAAAUUGCAAGGUACGGUGGCACCACAAGUAUCUUCGGAGGCGGUUCCAAAAUUGCAAAUGUGGAACACUGGAAAUGUGUCAGCACACUCCGGGGUCACUCAGGAGAUGUCCUUGACCUGUCCUGGUCACCCCAUGACAUGUGGUUAGCAUCUUGUAGUGUGGACAAUACAGUAGUCAUUUGGAAUGCCAAGAGGUGGCAAGAAAUUGUGACCGUACUCAAAGGACAUACUGCAUUAGUUAAAGGUGUGUCUUGGGACCCCAUUGGAAAGUACAUAGCAUCGCAGUCUGAUGACAAAAGUUUGCGAGUCUGGAGGACACACGAUUGGCAGCAGGAGUGUAUGAUAACUGAACCAUUCAGUGAGUGUGGUGGUACAACACACAUCCUUCGGUUGUGCUGGUCCCCAGAUGGACAGUACCUCGUGUCCGCCCAUGCGAUGAACAACUCUGGACCCACGGCUCAGAUUGUUGAACGUGAUGGAUGGAAAACCGGCAAAGAUUUUGUCGGACAUCGAAAGGCUGUCACCUGCGUUAGAUUUAAUCCUCAUAUUUUAGCGAAGCCUUGCAAAGAGACAGGAAAGGUGAAAAAUUUUUGCUGCUGUGCAAUUGGAAGCAGAGAUCGAUCCCUUUCUGUUUGGAUGACAUGCUUGAAAAGACCGAUGGUUGUGGUUCACGACCUGUUUUCCAAUUCAGUUUUGGACGUGUCGUGGAGCCAAACCGGGAGCCAGAUUCUGGUCUGCUCUUGGGAUGGAACGGUGGCUUACAUAGAAUUUAGUGAGGGGGAACUUGGCAGGCCAAUUAGUCCAGAAGAAAAGACUUCUUGGCAUCAGAAACUGUACGGCAAGAGCCUCGCAAAUAUGUCUCCGAGCAACAACCAGCGAAACCUGGUGUCUACGCUCUUGAUUGAGAACCCAGAUAUCCUUAAAGUGCAGGAAGAACAACAAAAAUUGCAGCAUCAGCAACAGGAGCAGCAAAAGGAGCCAAGCAGAGAAGUUAAUGGUGUAUCAACUUCACAGCCAGCCUUGACAAGUUCAAUUGUCCAAACAUCCAGUAGAGACAGCAACAGCAGACAUUCCCUCCACUUGAAGGGCCCAACGGACAAACAGAUUGAGACAAGAAUGCCUGACGGGCGGAGAAGGAUAACGCCACUCUACAUUCCUCCUGAUCCUGAUACUGGGGAUGUUCCUAUGCCUUUCAACAGUCAGGCAUUGCCCAACUUCAGUUCUUCUACAGAAAGCAAGAGCAAAAUUGUGAUUGAGAAGCGUACAGAGACAUGUGAUGUUCCCCCUGUCACAACUGUCACCACUUCUGUUGCAGUAGAUAGGUCUCCAGAUAAAACCCCACUGCCAAAGGAAGUAACGAGCACAAAUACGCAAAACCAGGAAAAAGAGACACCUGGUCAAGCAUCUGCAUCAUUGUCUACAGCGGUGCCAGAAAUCAAAACUGAGAAGGUGCCACCCUCGAAACAGUCGGUGCCUUCUACUGAGCAUAAUCAAGUUCCUUCUUCAUCUGCGAAACGGAAAGCAACAGAGGCGACUCCCACCGGCCGGCCAACUGAGAAGAAGCGGGGCCGCCCGCCGUUGUCACAAUCGCUGCAUCACCAGCAGGCAAAAGCAGAGAAGGCAAAUGCAGAAAAAGAAGCACAGCGUGCAGAAGUUCCUACGCUUCAGACGUCAUCUGUGUCUCAGCCUCAAGUACUCUUCCCUCCUCUACAACAAGCCAUGCCAUCAGUUGUUAAGGUUGGCAUGGAAGAGUCUGGUGUGAUCCGGAGCAUACACCUUCAUGUGGAUAUUCCGGUACCAGGGUCUCGAAUGGUCAGCAAAGUGAAGUGCUGUGCAGAAGAAGCAGUGUUCUGGGAACACCUGGUGUCAGGCCGAGGUGUGGCUCUGUCAGCAAAUAGGCAAUACUCAUGUGUGGCAUGCGAGGAUCGGACAUUAACUGUGCUCGCGAGUACGACAGGUAGACGCCUUCUUCCGCCACUGGUCUUGCCAUCAGCAGCCUCGCAUUUGCACUGCAAGGGCAGCUGUGUUCUCGUUGUUACGACAACAGGGUCCCUGCAUGUAUGGAAUCUUGAUGAAUUGGUCUGCACAGUUCGUGACGAGUCUGUAAGCCUUCUCUUCAGAGACACUCCUGCGGCAACCAUCAAGUCUUCCAGUAUUACGGAUGAAGGCUUGCCUUUACUCACCUUGUCAACUGGGAAAACCUAUCUGUACAGUAAAGAUCUCUCCUCGUGGUUACAAAUGACAAGUCCUGAUGAUGCAAUUGUACAGUGUUCCGACCACUAUGCCUCUAUGCCUUCUACGGAUGUGUUUAAUGGUUCUUCCCUGCCUCUUGGAUCGUUACAGCAUUCUCUGUUCAAAGGUCCAAGGGCGGCGAAAUCAGUGUUCCACACCGGUCCCUCACUACAGCAGGCCGGCACGUUAAGUUUUCUCGAUGCUCAAGUCAGUGCAGCCCUUCAGCUUCAUUCGGGCAAAGAAUACAAGUUCUGGCUUCUGACUUUGGUCAGGUACCUUGCCACAGAAGGUAUUGAAGGUCGGUUGAAAGACCUGUGCUCACAGCUUCUUGGGCCCAUCGGCACACCGUGCCACACGUGGAAGCAGCACAUCCUCGGAUUGAAUAAGCGAGAGCUACUUCGUGAGAUUCUGCCAGUGAUGGCAACCAACCUUCGCCUUCAACGUCUCUUUAGUGAGUUUAAGGACCAAUUGGACAUGGCAUCCAACACGCUACCUCCCAAUGGCUGAAAGAGCUGCAGUGAAACAUAGCGUGUUGUGAUUCUUAAUUGACAUUGUCUCCCACACCAAAGCAAUACGACUGCCACAAUGAUACCACAGUGGUACUGUGUACCAGAAGUCAUUCGUACUUUUGUUCUCACCGACCAUAGUUGAAAUUGGAGAGGUAUUUCAAAAUGAUUAUACUAGGCGUUUUCUGUCAAUGUAGUGGGAUAUCGUUAUGAGAGGCAAGGAGUAAUGCAGUUUGUUACGGUACGUAAGGAAGUGCUGUGAAUCAGUGUGCUUGUAAGAUGAGCUACAGCAUUAUCUUUUGCGCUUAGGUUGUUGCUAACGUUUGUGUUUUUAAAUUUCUGCUGUUUGUAAACUGAAAGGAAGUAAUGAGCCAGACAAAACACACAUGUUCUGGCUGCUUAGGUGAGUUUACUUGCAUAACGUAAGCAGCGUAGAACCUGUCUGCAUGACAGUUUGUGUCGAAUAUUUUAAAAGCGGAGAUUUUAAUGCUUUCACUAGAGAGGUGAAUGUUUUGCGGCGCAGCUUUUGGAAGUCGUUUGUCAUAUCGAGUUUGGAAAUGCACCGUUUCUGGCAGGACCUAAAUUAGGAACAAACAAAGCACGAAUAUAUUGCAGAUUUUAUUAAACAGAGAUUGUUAUAUUGAAGUUUAGUUGUACCACACAUAGAGCACAUUUGGUGCGUAUAUAAGAUGGCAUUCCAGAUUUGUGCCAAACUAUGACAUAGCUAAAUAUUCUGUUGUCCAGCUCACAAAGGUUGCAUGCAUCUGGUCCUCAGAGUAAAGCUAGUUAUCUUUUUUUUACAACAUAAAUUAUUUUAUGUAACAUUAUGCGUGCAUAUAAUAAUGGAAUACAAUGCCUCAUUCUAUAAUAUCAGAAAAAAAUAUUUGGUUUCAAUUUGCCAUAAUUCUGACAUCACAGUUGGUCUUGUGGGUUAUAGAGAACACCCCGGAUAUGCUACGACUCCUGAGCAUAUGCACAACACAGGCAUGUAGCACACGUUCAAACAUGUUUGUUUCAUAAAAUUAAAGAAAUUGGACUUUGCGCCCAACACAACUGUGACGUCUACAGAGGAGUGCGAAAGUGCAAAAUUUUUAUUUCAAGUUUCUACAUGUGUGGAUGUCGAAGAAUUUGAAAUUGUUUUACAAUGCACACAUGGUGAAUGUACCUUCGAGUACUGAAUACUGAGUGCUCCCUAGAAUGCCUUCACGGCCCCCUUUGAUGCUCCAGAGCUGUUCAUCCGACUACGUAGUCCAGUUAGAAAAGAAAUAUAUUGAGGUUUAAAAAAAAUUCAGAUGAUCUGCAAUGUUUUUACAAGUAUACCACUCAAGACCGAAAUAGUUGCCUGUGGAGCAUUUUUGACUUACUUUGUCGUGGUGAUUUAUAUUGCAUAUUGGUGUUGUACCUUAUUUGAAAUACUAACUUUUUCUUGUUUGUGUAUAGAACUGAAAGUUUGUGUAUAGGACUUUUUUAAGGUGUCACAGUGGUUGAGACCACCAUGUACAUGUUGUACAGUCAAAGAUGGAAAGUUGUUUUGCGUAAGCACAUGAAAUUGCAGACAUUUGCUGGAUCAAUUAUGAAUCUUGGACGAUUCUGUCGUAGGUAUCACAGGUGUGCCAUUGCAGAAAGGUUUAUGCAUCGUGCAUGCAGCUGUGGCUGGUAGAAGUGUGUCUUAGUUAGAGUAGCACUGUACAGUCCUGGUUCUGAUGCUCAGGAACUUAAAAGCUCAACAAAUCAUUUGUACAAAGUUGCACGUUUUAAGAAAAGUGGUGUUGCCGAACAACUGAGUCAUUUGUAUUCAUAGAUUCAUGUCAUGUAUGAAUGAGCAAGUUUUUAUCAUUCCAUUGGAAAAGGAUUUGUUGCUAGUUUCUCCUGUGAAUUUUGUCACAAUUAUGUAUAAUAAAUGAAAACGAAUCUG